AUGAGCUGGCAAGGUAUGCAGACUGGCCUAAACAAGCCCCUCAAGUCUAAUGUUGCUGUAGGCUGGGUCGAUCAAACCCUGGUGGGAUCUACAAAAAUCGACAAAGCCGCUAUAUUCUCAGCAGCAGGCGAUGCCCUACUUGCCACCAGCGCAGGGUUCAAUGUUCAACAAGGAGAGGUCCAGUGUAUUUUGAGAGGCUUCGAGGAUUCAAUCCCUCUCUACUCCGGUGGACUCUAUGUCGCAGGGGAAAAGCUUAUGGUCACGAAAGCAGAUGAUCAGAGCAUAUUUGCAGAGAAGGGCAAAGAGGGAGUUUGUGUGGUGAGAUCAUCACAAUCAAUAGUCAUCGCACAUUAUCCCGAAACAGUGCAACCAAGAGAAGCUGCAAGUAUUGUUGGACAAUUGGCAAACUACUUGACUAGCAUAGGAUAUUAG